UCAACAAUUUGAAAUAAUUGUGUAUUAUACUAAAAAGAAUCGCAAGAGAAAUGAAUCCCGAUUUUAUAUCAUGGUUGUAGUAAGAGGAUUCACCAAGGAGGAGCUGUGACAAAUGAUGUGUAGUGCCACAUAAAUAUCAGGGCACAAAGCAUGUAACGUUGAGGGUCCUGACCGGAGGAUCACUGUCUCUCAGUUGCCCUAUCCAAGAUUGAAAGAAGAAAGAAAGACACUGAUUGAUUAUGAUGCUUUUUUGUUUUUAUGAUUUUGUAUCAGUUCUCUUGUUGCAGUACUUUGUUUCCUAUUUCUUUGUGUGUAUGUAUCACUGCAAUUUCUUUGCUUUGGAAUCCGUCAUUCAACUUCUCCUGUCAAAAUCCUUCAACUAUUUUCACAAUUGCCCCUCCAUGUACUCUCCUGCUCAGGUUAAUAAAUGGGGAUUUCAAAGUUGAAAAGACUAUCUGGUUUAGCAAUUAAAAUGGAUGGUUGUGGCAAUAAAGCAAGCAGGUAAAAAAACACAACUAAGGUUCUCUUGGGGACCUUGGCUCCCGAACUUAAAAAAAAAAAAAAAGAAGGUAAAUUCUGAAACCUUCCAAGUCUUGGACCUUGUAAAUUGUGACUACAUGAAGGCAAAAGAGAAGAAGACAUGAGAAGUCUAUUCCGACACUUUAAUUUGCCUCUCAGAUAAUUUGCAAAUACCCAGAAUUUUGUUUGUUCUUCCACCACCAACUUUUUAUUUAAAAAAAAAAAAUCACUGGUAGUAAAAGAGGUAGAAAAACCAUAUCCAAAUUCCAAAGUCCUGUUUUUCACCUCUUCAUGUAAAGAUAGCCCAUGUGCUUCUCUCUGUCUCCCUGUCUGCUCUCUCUUUUCCUCUCUUGCAAACCCUCUAACCUGACCUGUUUAAAAUACUCCAAGAAGCUUUGGUACUGGUGUAAAAGCUUUUAUGUACUGCCGUAACUUUAACACUAUAAAAAGAACCCUUGCUUUCUCUCACUCACAUGAAGAGCUAUGGGAUGAGAGUUGAGUAAGGCGCUAUUACUUCUGUUUUUUUUUUUUUUUUGCACCCACUGCUGAAAAAAUGGGACAAGAAGAAAGCUACUUGUAUAGUUGGUCACCGAUAGGAGCUCCAUUGAAUGUACAAAGAGAGGAGGACCACUGGAGGCAAUUUGACAAUUCUGUUAAUGCGGUGUCCUUUGGUUUUGUUGCUACUGCCAUUCUCAUCUCUAUGUUCUUAGUGAUGGCCAUCUUUGAACGCUUUCUCAGACCUAACUCUUCUCCUACUGGUCCUAACUAUGGUGACCUUGAAUCUCAGCUUAGUUUCAAUGGCAAGCUCAGGCACCCAUCACCAAAUAUGGCGGUGUACACCAGCGGAGUUUCCGUAUUAAUGCCUGGGGAUGAGAUUCCUACUUUCAUUGCACACCCAGCUCCAGUCCCCUGUCCCCCGAAAUGUCCAUCAUUGGUUCAACAUUAACACUACACAUCUGGCAAUCCUGUUGCAAACUCCUCCGGGAACAUUCAUGUAAGUGCAGUAGAAGAAAACUAAAUUUACGAAAUUGGGACGCACAUGCUACCCAAAACGAUGAGCACGAUUACCCUCAAGCAGGAGGUUUCCUAGGAACAAAGGAAGACAGUAAAGUCCGUUCAUACUUGCAUCGCCUUUGCUGCUUAUUUCCACCAUUCCAUGUUCAACAUUUUUCUGAGAUAGUGACUAAAGAUGGUCUCGAUUGCCAUCAAAUGGAUCCAAAUUAUAAAUGUAAAAGAAAAUUGAGGUAUAUUAUGUAGUUGAUUGAGAGUAUGGGAAGCAGUUUGUUGCAGAUGGAUGGAAAAUGAAUAUAGAACAUUGAAGUUGAAUCUCCAUGUGCAACAUUUAUCAAAUUACUGGCAAAUGAAAACUGAAGAAACUGCAAUCUACUAAGGCCUGGAAUUUA